AUGGACAAGGUGGUCCGGAAGCACCUCCAGGCCGUGCUCGUGCCGGCGAUCGGGCGCAUCGUGCUGCACACGAUGGAAACCAACUUUGUCAAGCCGGUGACGGCGCAGCUCGAGGCGCAGUGCAAGGACCUCGACGCGCGCAUGGCGGCGUCUCUCACGCACAUGGUCGACGACGUCAAGACGCCCGUGCGCGACGCGUUCCGCGAAUCGUUCCAAUCGACCAUCAUCCCGUCGUUCCAGGCCGCGACGCAAAAGAUGUUUGAGCAGAUCAACGAUACAACCAACGAGCAGUGGAGUGCGCUCUCGAGCCAGCUCUCGACCAUGCAGGAGGCGGUCGAAGGCCUCACCGAGCGCCUCGAUGCGCUCCAGGGCAGCGCCGCGCCGCUGCCGCCCCCGAAAGAGUCGCCGUUUGAUACGCUCUGCCGCGACAUUGACAGUCUCUUGGCCGCCAAGAAGUACGAGGUCGCGUUCCAAACCGCCCUCGGCGCCGAAGACGUCGCGCUGGUCUUUUACACAUGCGCCAACGUCGAGACGAGCGUCGUGCUUGGCGUGCGCCCGCCCGUGCUCUCGCAGAUGAUUGUGCUCUGCCUCGUGCAGCAGCUCGGGUCGGACCUGCAGCGCGACUUGAGUCUGAGCCUCAAGUGGGUGCAGGACUCGCUCCUCGUCAUGAACCCCCGGGACACGGCGAUCGCGCCGUUUGUCCAGAACGUGCUCCAGGAGCUCAAGGCCGCGCUCAACCACGUGCCCGAGACGGCCCGCGACUCGCAGUUUACGCUCGUGCACCACAUUUUAAACUCGAUGUUGAGUUAUACCUAG